CAGACAUCUGGCACUGCGAAAAGAGCUUCGUGGCAAUCGUGCCAUCGAUGGAUCCGUUCCAGUCGAGACUGCAGCAACGCGCAAUGCGCAACCCGUACAAGCCUCAUGCAGACAACACGGCCGGCCGCGUGAAAAUAGGCCUUGGCUUGCUCUGUUUCGUGGGCGUGGUCAUGUUUUUCACCUCUGGAUCGUCAUCUGGCACAGUUGUCGCGCCCAAGCUUCGCAAGGACGCUGGUUACUUCGAGCAGCAAGCAGCCGCCCUGCCACCGACCCCGAUGUCUGUCAUGACGUUCAACAUUCGCUUCGCCAGCGCAAACGAUGGGUGGAACAGCUGGGACCACCGCAAGGAGCACUUGAUCGACCUCAUCAACAGGUAUAAACCGACCGUGAUGGGCACGCAGGAAGGGCUGAAGGAUCAACUCGCGGAGAUCCACUCGAAAUUGCAUGGAAACUACGACCGGUUCGGCGUCGAGAGAGAAGCAAACGGCGAGUUCGAGCAGAUCUUCUACGACACGGAUGUCGUGACCAAAUUAGACGGCGGGAACUAUUGGCUCAGCGACAACCCGGAAGUCCCUGGUGUCACUGCGUGGGACGCCCCAUGCGUGCGAAUGGUGACGUGGUGCAAGUUUGAGCUCAAGGCGACCAAGCAGCACUUUGUCUUCAUCAACACCCAGUUUGACCAUCGUAGUGAACGGUCUCGCGUCAACAGUGCCAAGUUGAUCUGGCGCCGCAUCCAAGACACGUGGGAGCCAUCGAUGCCCGUCUUUGUCGUUGGAGACUUCAACACAUACCGCCACACGUCCGUGUAUUCGUACCUUACCAGUGAUCCCGCCGGGCCUCAAUUUGCAGAAGCGUGGAAGACUGCCGACAAGGCCAUCGGCGAUGUUUCGUACACGUACCAUGGGUGGGCCGGGGUCGACAACGACGGAGAAAAAGUCCCGGAAGUUGUGCGCGCCGCCAACCACAUCGAUUGGAUUUUGUACCGACCGACUACAAUGAAGGUCGUGUCGACAGAAGUUGUGACAGAAUCGCGCAAUGGACGGUACCCGUCCGAUCACUACCCGAUCCAUGCGCACAUCCUCUUUCCCAGCACCAAGGAUGUCCCCGCCGCUGUGUAAUGUACCAAUAGUAGCGACGACAACGA